GAGGUGACGGCCUGCCCCGUGAGGGGGCGCACGAAGACCGACCAGGGCGAGCUGCUGUCGCCCGGCGACCUGCUCCUGGACGGUGGCCGACGCCAAGAAGUAGGAGGGCCAGAGGCAUUCCACAUCGAUGUUUAUUAUCCGCAGGAGGUGCAGGAGGCGCUAGCAACGGGCUGGGCUGGAGGUCUGUGCUGCGUUGUGAGAUUUUUUCGUUCGUUUCAUUUCCGGCCGAUCCUCAUUGGACGCCGUGUCAAACUAGGCGCGGAGUUCCGCGGAGCCUUCAUGCAAGGGCAUCCGCAAGGCCACUUUCUCAUCCCAGUUGCUUGAUUGUCCUCCGCCUGUCUCCAUCCACCCCUUCUCUUCAGGAGGGA